ACGCCAUAAUUGUUCCUUCACUGUACUCCACUUUAGCUAGACCACAUCCAUCUUCCUCUUCCUCCUCUUGUUAAUUAACUCAUUCAUUUGCGCCUUUUCGCCCUUCAUUCAAGCGAUCGAUGAAGAAGAUUGUGCUAAAUUUGGACAUAAACGACGCAAAGGAGAAGCAAAAGGCCAUGAAGGUCGUCUCGUCCCUCCCAGGAAUCGAUUCGAUAGGAAUCGAUGUGAAUGAAAAGAAAAUGGCAGUGGUCGGGUCGGUGGAUCCCGUUAGCCUCGUGAUGAAGCUGAGAAAAUCUCGGCACACCGACAUCCUCUCCGUCGGCCCUGCAAAGGAGGAGGAGGAGGAGAAGGAGGAAGAGGAAGCAAUCGAGGUGGAAGCAAAAGAAGAAAAGCAAGAGGAGGAGGCGAAGAAAGAGGUGCCCGACGAUGAUCAGCAAAUGGCAGCAGUGGAGCUUGUGAAUCCAUACAAAAUCUACUACAAUCCGUACGAUGCCGCACAGUUUUACUAUGUGCAAAGUGCUCAAGACAAUCCAAAUGUUUGCACCAUCUUGUGAACAUGAUCAUUAGUUUAGUCAGAGGUGCUAAUUAAACUGUCUUUUGGCACACGAAUAAGGGUUUGGAAGGUAGGGACUGUUCAUUCUUUUUCAAGGCUGGAAAGUGUUGGUGCAUGCUUGGCUUUGGCCUUUGGGGUGUAGUAGCUGCUGCUCGUUUGGAGCUUUACUGAUGGAA